AUGAAGUUCAGCAUCGCUCUUCUCGCUGCCGCCAUCACUGGCUCUGCUUUUGCCGCUCCCACCAAGAGAGCUGACCCCAAUUGGACUAUCGAGUCCAUGAAGAGAACCUGCAACUCCGCAAAUACUCAGUGUGUUUGGGACUUCGGCAUCAACACUCACCUCGCUCCAACGACGCAUUGCACGUUUACCGUCAAAGGCACAAAAGCGUCACAAUUGCCCGGCACGGGUGCCGCUUGCGGUGCCUAUACGGUCACAUCCGGAUGGAGCGGCCAAUUCGGCGCUGGCAAUGGUUUCACAACCCUAGCAGUCGUCGACAAUACCAAGCACCUCAUUACCUGGCCGGCUUACACCGAUAAGCAGCUCGUCAACGGCGUUGCUGUAAAGCCUGACCAGAGCUAUCCGCCAACAAAGCUCUAA